ACAAUAUUAAUCCUUUCACAAACAUUAAUAGCUGACUAACAUGCUGACUGUUAAAUUAGCUGUUAUAAAGCCUACGAUUAAGACUUUCUUAAAUGUUCAAAAUACGACUAAGAAUGUUUACAUGCUGCCUCCUCUAAAUAAAUAGGCUGUCUAGAAAUAUGCAGCAAUGCUAAAAAUUAGGGAAGAGAACUUACUCCUUACGAAAAAUGCUAAUCUUAAUGUCAAUAAGUAUUAGUUAACUGUGCUAAUAAAUGUAAUAGUAUUGGCUGUUUAAAGUAAUGCAACUAACCUUAUAGAAAUUGUGAAUUAGCUUGCUAAAAAGUUGAAAAAAUAAGAAAAUAUGAUAAAUCAUGUUCAGGAAACUGUUAAUAUAAACACGAUUAAUGCUCUUCUUUAUGCAAACCUUAAGAUAAAGUGUGCUUAGGAAAAUGUAAUACAGAAAUGAUGGGAUGUGGUGAAUCGUGUAGACAUGUAUUAAAAUUAUCCCCUGAACCUACUUAAUUCGAAUAAUGCUAAUAAAAAUGUCAAUUAAUAGAAGGUGAUUGUGUUAAUAAAUGUACUGAUAAUGACUGUGUGUAGAAAUGUAAUGAACCAUUUAUUUAAUGCGUUGGAGUUUGCUAAAAAUAAGAAAAAAUGAGAGAAUACGAUAUACAAUGUUUAGGAAACUGCUAAUAUUAAUAUAAUUAAUGUAUUUCUAAAUGCAAUCCUAAAGAUAAGAAAUGCUAAGGAAAAUGUAAUAUAGAAAUGAUGGGAUGUGGUGAAUCCUGUAGACAUGUUUAAAUAUAAUACACUGAAUCUACUAAAUUCGAAUAAUGCUAAUAAUAAUGCUAAGUAAGUUAAUUGUAAUGCUUUAAUAAUUGCACUAAUUAAGACUGUGUAAAUAAAUGCUACUAUCCAUCCACUUAAUGCGUAGAAAAAUGCAACAAAUAAGAAUAUAUGGACUAAUAUGACCCUACAUGUCAAUCUGGCUGCAACUCUAAACUCAAAUAAUGCACCUUAAAAUGCACUGACAAUGAUUGUGUAAAUACCUGUUAUGUCUAAUAUAGAUUCUGCGGAAAAUAAUGUAGAUAUACCAUUACAAAAAGCAAUAAUUCAUAAAGUUGGGAUGAAAAAUGCCAAUAGGAUUGUUAAAAUGCUUACAAUAAAUGUAUAAGUUAAUGUGAAGAUGAUGAAUGUUUAAGAACCUGCGGAGGUAUGAAAAGAGGUUGUGGAGAAAUGUGUAGACAUGUAAUUUUAAAUGAAAGUAGGAAAGAAUAAAAAAGUACAGUUAAGUAUAUGAUUAAAUGUUAAUUAUAUAAAUAUAUAUGUGAUAUUAAGUGUUAUAUUAAAAAUGAAGAUUGCUACAAAUCUUGUAGUGAUCAAUAAGAAUAAUGUUAAAGUGAAGAUAUUUAGUGAGAAUAAAAUUAAGUUUAUUGAUUUUUUAUAUUAUUAUUAUAAGCUUUUUUAUUAAAAUAAUAUUUAAUUAAAUUUGCUUUUUUAUUAUUUUAAACAAAACAUAUUU